AUGGCCAAAAAGGACAAAAGGAAAAUAUUGAGGAUAGCCAAACGUUUACCAUUGAAGUUGGAUAUUGCCACAUGCAGAGAUGGAUUUUGGAGAAGUCAACACAGCCACAAAACCUCCAAUAGGGAAGAGGAUGAAGUCCCGAGCCCCCCUCCGCCCCUGGCCCCCGAGCCCGCCCCGAGGAGAAUAUUCCGUAACGCAGUGCCUGACGGGGGAGGCUCAGCGCAGGGCAGUAUGGGCAGCAUGGUGAUGGACACCAAGGAGAACAUGAUGAGGACCAGCGUAGACCUCCACAUCACUCUGCCUCGAGGCUACCAGACCAGCAGCACAGUGGACGGCAGCAAGGCGCUCAUGGACCUGUUGGUGGAUCUGUGCAGCCGGUACCACCUGAACCCAGCUUAUCACACCCUGGAGCUGCUGUCCAGCGAGGGCCUAUCCCUAGCCUUCAAGCCCAACAGCCUGCUGGGGUCCCUGGACGUUGUUGCCAUAAGCAUCAGGGAGAAAGUGUUGCAGGACAAAGUGGUGCGGAAACCUCUGCCUAAAGUGCCAGAGAAAACGGUGCGUCUGGUGGUGAACUACCACAGGAGCCAGAAGGCGGUGGUGAGGGUGAGUCCCCUGGUGCCCCUGGGGAGCUUGGUCCCAGCCAUCUGUGAGAAGUGUGACUUUGACCCGGCCCAUGUCCUGCUGCUGAAGGACAAUGUCAGCAACCAUGAGCUGGAGCUAGACAAGUGUCUGAGCGAGCUAGGAAUCAGAGAGCUGUACGUACAGGACCAGACUCUUGUUCGUCAACCUAAAAUGUCUUCUGCACCUGCUCUAAAUUACUCAGAAUACUUCCGUUCCAACACCUCAAGUGUCAGUGGGGCCGAGAACAAAGGCCUGCUCGGAUUCUUAAAGUUCAACAGAAGGAAAUCAAAGACUGAAGAACAGUCGCCUACUAUGGACAUGGAUGGUCUUGAUAAUAAUAUUACUCAAAGUACUGAAAAACACUACAAUGGCCUGUCCACAGUGUCCAUCGUGCCCUGUGUGGACGCGCGGCCCAGCACCUUGGGCCAGUCCCAGUCCGUCAUGAACAUCUCCAGGAUGUCCCCCAGGAUAGAGAUUAAGAAGAGGCGGGCCCCCCCGGCCCCCACAUCCUGCCAGGGCUGCUACACACUGGAGUCCUACCAGGUGUCUCCUGACUCAGAGAGUACACUGAGGAAGAGGAAGGCCCCGGCACCCCCUCCUACCCCUACUACCUCUGUUACCCCAGCUCCUAGCACCCCAGCACCUUUCAUCUCUGCCCAGAUGGCCCCCUCUCCCUCCCCAGCCCCCAGCUCUCCUACCCCCAGCCUGCCUGCGGAGGAGGACUCUGGCUCUGAGCUGAGCAAUGGGUCUGUCUACAGCAGCAGCAGUAGCAGUAGUGGGGUCGCCGCCGGCACCUCUGUCGCUGACACCUCAAUGAACGACUCUGACUCCGCCUCCAGCAGGGCUGAUGUGUCCAAGCCCGGCCCUGAUUCCACCCCCAGCAGCAGUGCUGCCAUGGCUGACUCCUCCCAAGACUCCGCCCCCAGCAAGGUUGACACCGGCCCCAGGAGCAAGACUAUGAUCAAUGUCGCCUCUUACUCCGCCCCUACCAGCAAGGUUGAAAAGGUUGACUCCACCCCCAGCAGCAACGCUGACAAGGCCAAGCCCACCCCCUACUUGUCCCGCAGUACCACACCAGAGGAGACCAGAGGAGAAUCUGCUCUUGGCCUGAAACUAGACGAGACGGAGAACAACCGACACAGCGCCAUGGCUUUCUUCUGUCAGUUGAUAAUACUGAUGAUUAUGCUGUUGAUGAUGAUGAUGAUGAUCUACCACCCCUCUGCCCGGACACCAGCUUGGCUGCACUCGCGGCGUCUCUCUGUGGCAGGACCCCAGACCCCAGAGGCAGAGGAGACUUUAUCCAUGGGCAGCAGUGGCAGUGGCAGCUUCCAGGACCAGGGCUAUGCAGCCUCCGAGGGCAUGACUGAGGACUCUGGCCUAGUCAGCUCCCCCUCGGCCUCCGACACCACUCACCCUACCUCCCCUGACGGGAGCCUCUCCCUGGGCUCUUCUGGCUCCGCUCACCCCAUGAUCCAUCCCCUCACCAAGGACUGUUCUAGUGAUAGUGACGAGGGCUGUGCCACGUGGGGAUCCAGACACAGACACAGCAGUGAUAUCAGCCACAACGACAAAGCAGGCAAAACAAAGGACAUCUAUGACGAGGACCCAGAGCUCACCACUCAGUUCAACCAGACUCUGGCUGAUCUGGAUGCUGAUCUAGCAGAUAUAAGUCACAUAGAUGCUGUUUCAGUGCAAGAGCACCCCUACGUGAUGUCCACUGAGAGCAAUGACAUCCCCGUGUCUGUGGUGGAUAUGGAGGUCCCGGUCACAGCCAUAGAUGAAGUCCUGGAGGACUACGAGACACAGAGCAUGACGGAUCACCAAGCCACACUAAUGAGUAGCUCUCAAAGAACGGACAAUAAAGACCUGAACCACAGUCAUCAUCAUUCAAGUGUUGGUGGCAUACAGAACAAAAACAACAACGCCUGUACGUCUGACGGCUCCAGCAAAGUCAGCUCUGCUCCACCACAGCCCGCGCAGCGCCUCAAAUCACCAGGGAAGAAGCUUGCCAAUGGCACCACGGGGAAAGACCAUACAGCAGUGGUCUCUAAGACUAAAGUAGAAGUUCAAAGAUGGGAGUCCGCUGAGGGAGCUGAGAGGAAAGCCUCACCUGUCAACAGCUCUCUCGCUGUCCCAGAGAGCCAUUCCAAGUCCCCUGAGGAAGAGGUUCCCACCUAUAGAGGCCACUCUGCCUCCCAAGCACAAACGAAAAUCACAUGUAGCCCAGUCUCCCGAUUUGGUAUGAAGACAUUCACUAUCGUCCCUCCCAAGCCCGCAGUUGCAACCCCACCUCAGAAGCAAACAGAGGCCCCGGCCACUCUGACAACAGGUGCCAUUAGAAUUGACGAUCAGGGCAACAUGGUCAAAGUAGCCAUCGCCCGAAACAAGUUUGGCGGAUCCUCUGAGUCUGGGAUCAACAAAGAUGACUCUGUCUCACCACUCCUGGGGAAAGCCAAAACAUUCUGGAGCUCCACAGAGAAGCAGGACACUUCUGCACAUUCGGUCCCCACUAGUAGAGGGCCUGUCCCUUUCACAAAGACCCAGAGCCCAGAGUCUGAGGUCCACAAACCCACCCAUCGGGUCGUAGCCUCUGAGCCACCUGCAGCCAAGGCAACACCUAAGGCCUCUGAACCUGUAGCCAAGAUGACACCUAAGGAAACAUGCAAAGAUGUGGUUGAGGUAACAAAGGACAUCUCACAGGAAGCAGAGGGCAAGGCCUCAGUUCCAGUUUCAGAGACUCCUGUGCAGCAGAAGACUAUGAAACUGAACCCUGGUAUUCUCCAAGAUCAGAAGAGAAAUCUUUCCUUCCUCAAGCCGUCCAGGAGAACAUCCAGUCAGUACGUAGCUUCUGCCAUUGCUAAAUACGCUGUGAAGCCCACCAUGGCCAAAGCUGACAACAUCCAAGAAGUACCAACAGAGUUGUAUGACCCCAUGAGAAGAACACCUGGCAGUUACGGCUAUCAGAAAGAGGGUCGAUCCUUUCAUGUAAAUCCACAGCGUUCCUCUGGGACAUCUACUAAUGUACCAGUGAAGAAGGAGAGCAGCUCUGGGUCUGGAUCCUAUCACGCCGGUGCUAAAUGUUACCCUGACUACCUCUCUGCAGAGAAACAGGUAGUCUCUGGUGAGUUGACGCAAGGAGUGGACAGGAGUGGUUAUGGGAGCAGUUCUACCCUGCUAGUUGCUGGACGGAACUCCCAGCCACUGGACUCUGAUACAGUGGCCAAUAACACUAAGCAGCAUGGGCCCAACAGUCCCAGUCCCAGACAGAUGACACCAGCACCACAAUCCCCCACUAAACAGGUACCUGCCAUCUCCAAGCCCUCGCAGGGUCAACCACCUGCAGAGACACUAGGUCCCAAAGGUCAUCUAGCCCUGGCAAAGAAGCCUGAACCACCACGAGCAGCUGCUGCCAGCAACGACCUCCCAGAGCCCCAGCAGGUCAGUCUGUUUGGGCCGGUGAAGAAGUUCAAACCUGUGAUCAUGAAGUCGGUCCAGAUGGACACGUCGCUACACACCACUCUGAUGUCGGCCAUCCAGUGUGGGGAUGGGAAGGAGAGGCUCAGAAAGGUAUCGGACUCAAGUGCAAGCAGCACUUUGAAGAAAUCGUCCUUUGUUGAGGAAGAGAAUGAGCGAUGUGCGCUACUGGCAGCCAUUAGAGGCCAAAGUAACUCUGCAGGGCUAAGGAAGACCAUAUCCCAGGCUGCAGAGGAGCUUGACAAGUUCAGGAAGACUGAGGAGGAUGUCAUGCCUCCCCCUCCUCCAUUUGUGCCUCCGCCACCUCCACCCCCCUCUAUGCUCCCUCCUCCUCCUCCUGCCCCUCCCUCCACUCAGCCCAAGCCCACUAUGGUGGGGGAGCCUCUGGGGGCUGGGCGGAAUCCCGCUCUGGCCCGGGACGCAAUGCUGGAGGCCAUCCGCUCUGGCUCUGCAGCUGAUCGCCUGAAGAAGGUCAAUGCCCCCACAAAAACAGUUCAAGUGAACGGUAGACUUGGUACUAUACAAGCAGCAUCAUCCCUCUCACAAGGACAAUAAAGAAUCUUCCAGAAUGAUUCCAGAACAUCUUGCAAACCAUCUGAUUAGAAUCGUCGUAGGCAGCCAAAUAAUAUGUUGUCUUUCACCUUAAUUUAUCACUGUCCUUAUGUAUAUGUAUCCAGUUAUGUGUACUUGAAUAGUUGCAAUAACUGGAAAGAUUAAUUGCUGUACAAAAGCAUGUGCCAAUAAUUUUUGUUGCUUUUUAUUAGCUGCUCUUGCUGAUGAUGAUGAUGAUGAUGAUGAUGAUAGUAGUAGUAAUCUUAGGAAAUUAUUUUUGCUAUUUUAUAAUUUAUUUUUUAUUUUAAUUUUUAAUACUAGUCCACAUGGAAUUGAUGCCUCAUGCUGUCUUACUGUCAGUGUUAUAUUUGAUUAUUACAUAUUUGCUGUAUAUAUUCCAUGUAAUAGGAUGCAAUGGAUCAGACUCCUUGAUAUAGUGCAUUGAGUAACACUGGUCACCAGUAACACUGGUCAAGCAUGACUAAAUUUGGCUCCAAGGGACUCUCAUCUCCAGGUGGUGAUUAGGUAUGUACCCCAAAUGGCAGGCUAUUCCCUAUAUAGUACACUACUUUUGACCAAAACCUUAUGGGCCCUUGGCAAAACUAGUGCACUAAAUAGGGAAUAGGGUAGCAUUACUCUAGUUUAUUUUUGCAAAGCUCUGGGUUUUUAGAUCUCAUCUAUGCUGCUAUUCAACCUUUACAUGUUUUUUUUUUUUUGAUUUAUAAUGCCUCUUAAUAUAUUUAUUUUAAUAUUCAGAGAAAAUAUUACUAACAUCCUUUCUUGACAUUGCAAAAGCAUUUUUGAAACAUUUCUGUUUAUGUGUAACUAUUGGUGAAUAAUAUCACCAUGACUUAGUAAAAUAGUUUACUAAUCAAUAGAUAUAUGAGUAAUGAACAAGAGGUAUGGGCUGUUACUCCAUUUUCAGAAAACAAUUCUGGUUAAUAUUUGCUAUGAUUUUAUUGUUUAUUUAAUCACAAAGUGUUCUAUGUUGUUUGCAUGGGGCUUCAGUGCACAGCUUUUUGUUAUUGUUAUUGGGGCGGCAGGGUAGCCUAGUGGUUAGAGCGUUGGACUAGUAACCGGAAGGUUGCAAGUUCAAACCCCCGAGCUGACAAGGUACAAAUCUGUUGUUCUGCCCCUGAACAGGCAGUUAACCCACUGUUCCUAGGCCGUCAUUGCAAAUAAGAAUUUGUUCUUAACUGACAUGCCUAGUUAAACAAAGGUAAAAUCAAUUUAAAAAAAUUGUAUUCAACAGUAGAUCUGAUGUGCAGUACUGUACAUGAGCUUGUUUCUCUAGAUGUUUUAUGGCAUUACUAUAGUAGUUGAAAGAAAGCAAAAGUGGAUAUUAUAAUAUAUCUUGCAAAUGAGUACUAUCUAUAUUGAUCAGAAUGACUGAAUGAUAGACUUAAAGGGCCAGUGUAAAGCAUGAAAAUAGGGACCACAAGAUUCUAGACUGGUCCUUAAAAUUCAGUUGAGAUGUUUAGUAAUGUUCUAGACCAGGAGGCUCCAGACCUCGUAGGGUAAGAGUUGAAGGGUAGGAGUUGAAUACCUUCAACUCUUACCCUACGAGGUCUGGAGCCUGCUGGUUUUCUGUGUUACCUGAUAAUGAAUUUCCCCACCUGGUGUCCCAGUUCUAAAUCAGUCCCUGAUUUAGAGAGGAACAAUGAAAAAAAGCAAAGGAACUGGCUUCAAGUUCCAGAGUUGUGUUUGAGGCUAGAAAGUUGUAGAUUUUGUUAACUACAGAUAAAUGAUUACAGUAAUAAACUGUUGUUAAAAUUGGAAAUAAAUAGAAUAAUAGAAAUCCAAUCAAAUGUAGUUUUAUAAGCUAUUGCUUUUUUAUGUUAAGUGCAUGUUGUUUUUGGAAGAAUUUCACAUUUUAUUUCAUCCACAAAUUAUACUUUUUUCAAUAAAUGAUUUUUGUAACCAUGUAACGGUUUUUUCUUCUGUACAUUGAUCUUAAAUACUGUCUGGAUGUGCACUUUAAAUUACACUGUAGCUAUAAUGUAAGUACAGUGUAACUACUUGCAAUAACCCUAAUCCUAAAUACAGUGUAAGUGCAAUGUAACAAUGAGCUUAUAACUGCAGGGUAAAAUCUUCUGUAUAUUUAUGUAUUGAUCGUUUGGUAGUGUAGCAAGCUCUUGAGUCAUGGAGCAGUUCAUCUAACAUGCAGUAAUGUGUUUCUCAUUUGGUUGUUGGCUGUGGUUAUUGUUGUCCUUAUGAAAUCUGGAAGCCAAACAGACCUCUUUCUUAUGAUGCCACCAGGCUUACAUGUUGUUUUGAGAGGAUUUCCACAUCAGAGCUCUCCCAACUAUUCCAAGCUACUCUGAACCAUGGCUCAUCUUGUGGCAUUACUGACAUAUAACUUUACUUAAACUGUAUUCCCUGACCAUACUGGUUUAGGUUCCCCCAAAAAUCCUAUAGAUGGCCUCCUGGGCCCUAACAUUUCAGCGUUUGCAGAUCUGAACGGUCUGGAUCGGUAUAAUCAGGGUAGUGGUGGUUUAUUACACUAUUUUGAUUCCAUCUUACAGAUCUACCCAGUUAGGGCUAAGGGGAAGGGGUUAGUGAGAGAACUAAGACCAGCAGUGGGAGCACAAUGUCCCUUCACUUCAGCUUCACAGUCUCCCUGCUCUGCCUCUCUCAAAGGCCCACAAAAAGUAAGUGAUCUGGGGAUUAGGUUUCUGGGUAUGUGUCUGUUGUCUGACAUGCGAUCCAGAUUUCACCAUAUACAAAGAAAGUAUGUGUCCCAAAUAGCUCCCUAUUCCCUGUAUAGUGAACUACUACCCUAUGGGCCCUGGUUAAAAGUGGUGCUCUAUAAAGGGAAUAGGGUGUCAUUUGGGAUGCUGCCAGAAAGGGUAAUCCUCUCCACACUGUAGGUCUGUAAAUACUUGCUGGCCCACAGGCCCUCUGUCGGUCAGAAUUCCUGCUCAUUUGUGGCCAUUCUCUGUCUUAUGAAACUAACUGCAGCAAGACAGAGUGUUUGGUUGGUUCCAAGCCAACCACCGCCACAACCGUUAAUGCAGAAAAACAAAUCUCUUUCUAAAUCAAGACUUACUGGCAGCUCAUGACACAGCAUAGACGAAGGUAGUGGUUAACUCACAGCAUUCAUGGUUGAGAAGGAUGAUGGCUAUCAAUUAUUUGUCUUAACACCAUUUCCACUUGUUACUUUUGUAAGUAAGAUUCCUGCAAUAUCACAUUUUAUUUGUCAGGUACACAGUUUCAUCAGGUAUAUAAGUUGCAGUGAAAUUCCUGAACAUCCUUGUGAUGAAAAACGUGGGAAGAACAAAUGCAGCUUUUCAAUGCAACUAUGUUCACGUUAGCCUCGGCUCCCAAGAUUGGCCGAAGUGAAAGCCUGUGACAGAGGCUAUGGUCACAUGGGCCUAAUGCAUGAAUAAUGUUACAGAGAGGAGAUCUGAUCCCAGGUGUGAUGUUGUGUCUGUGUACAAUGCCCUUUUAUAUUGUGGCGUGUUUGGCAGGGUCACACAGUAUGGAACCACCGUUGUUCUCUUCACCCAGAUACUACAAGUCUGGGACGGGUCCUCUGUCUUCCCUACCCUGUCAUUAGGCAGGCUCAGCUGAGGAACGUUCCAGACUUACAUUUACAUUUACAUUUAAGUCAUUUAGCAGACGCUCUUAUCCAGAGCGACUUACAGAUUGGUGCAUUCACCUUAUGACAUUAUACCAUAUACUAUUCAAUCAACUGAAGUAAGUAGUUUACUGAGCCCUUAUUAACUCAAUAUUGACAAUGCUGAAGCAAAUGUAAACUGAUAAAUAAACUGCGUAUUUGUUGAA